AUGGAAGGUGAAGACUAAGGAUCCAGGUUGAAUAACGACGUCCCAACAUCCCUCCCCACCUCACUGACAUACGUCUCCCCUCAUUUCUUGAUUUGGUUUUAUUGAUUGUCGAGUGUUGAAAGAGUUAGGUAUAGUCUCUUCCUGAUUUGGUCUGUUGUUAAUUCAAUCUAAUCUCCAUUUUAAUCUAAUUGAUUUGUCUUACCUUAAAUCCAAAUACUUUUACUUACUACAUUUCAUUUUCUCAUGAUUCUUCAUUAAAACCUAGCUGAUUUCAGUACUUCAAUGCUUACUUGUCUCAAUCACUUCUAAUCUACAUUUAGGAUCCUUUAUCUGUAAAUUUAUUGCAUUUGUUUUCUUGUUUUCCUUUUACAUUUCUUGGGUUUUCAUCAUUUUCCCAGCUAAACUUCUCUUUUUCUGGUGUGGGUGUUUAAUUUGGAAGUUUGUAGGGUGUUUUUGUCGCAAAAAUUUAUCCGGGUAUUUCUGAUUUCAGCCGUUGUACUCAUUUUGGGAUCUGGGUUUUGGCAGAAAUUAGUUUUGGAUUUUGAAUUUUGGGAUCUGGGUUUUGAGAGAAAUUGGUUUUGGAUUUUGAUUUGUUGGGUGUUUCCAUUGCAAUAAUUGAUGUGGGUAUUACUAAUUUGAGCUGUAGAAUUCAUUUUGAGAUCUGGGUUUUGAUAAAAAUUGGUUUUUGAUUCUGAUUUGGGGGUUUCUUGUAAUUUUUUUAGGGUUGAGUGUGAAAAGAGUAAAGAAUCUCAUACAUCUGAUUGCCAGAUUUUGCAUGCCCAACAAGCCUAAAGCAAAUAAUUCUACUAGAAAGAUGUUUGCAACAAAUGGAUGGUUUUACCCAAUUGUUGGUAUGGCAACAUUAGUUGCAUUCACUUACAUGUCAUUUGGUGGUGAUUUUAGAUUUAGUGUUGCAAAGGAACCAACUUUUAGCUUUGUAGAGAGGGUUGGGAAUCAAUUUAUGUUGGACGGAAAACCCUUUUAUAUAAAUGGUUGGAAUUCUUAUUGGUUAAUGGAUCAUGCUGUUGAUGGGUUUAGUAGACCAAGAGUGAAAGCAAUGCUUCAAGCUGGAUCUAAAAUGGGGCUCACUGUGUGUAGAACAUGGGCUUUCAAUGAUGGUACUUAUCAUGCUCUUCAGGUUUCCCCUGGUGUUUUUGAUGAACAAGUAUUUCAGUCUUUGGAUUAUGUGAUUGCCGAAGCGAGAAGAAAUGGUGUUAGACUAAUCUUAAGUUUAGUCAAUAAUUUGCAAGCUUAUGGUGGAAAAACCCAGUAUGUAAAAUGGGCAUGGCAAGAAGGCAUUGGAAUAAGCGCUUCCAAUGAUUCAUUCUUUUACGAUCCAUCUAUCCAAACCUAUUUCAAGAACUACGUCAAGACAAUGCUCACUAGGAAGAACACUAUUACUGGAAUCGAAUACCGGGAUGACCCUGUAAUCUUUGCUUGGGAAUUGAUAAAUGAACCACGUUGCAUGACAGACCCCUCAGGUGAUACCCUUCAAGAUUGGAUCAAGGAAAUGUCGGAGUUUGUGAAAGCCAUCGACGAGAAACAUCUAGUUACAGUUGGCCUUGAGGGAUUUUAUGGUCUGAAGAAUGCAAAAUCAGCUUUAAACCCUUCUGAAUGGGAAGCUACUAUAGGGACCGAUUUUAUUCGCAACAAUGAUAUACCAACAAUUGAUUUCGCUUCUGUUCACAUGUACCCUGAUCAGUGGCUGACCGUGGAUAAUCUUGAAGAUAAACUGAAAUUUGUCAAGAAAUGGGUGUCAUCUCACAUCGAAGAUGGCGACAAACAGCUUAAAAAACCAGUAAUGUUGACUGAAUUCGGGCUGUCAAGUGACAACAAAGACUUCGAUCCUUCACACCGAGAUAGACUCAUCAAACUCGUUUAUGAUAUCUUUUACAAGUCAGCCAAAAAGAAUGGGUCGGGCGCUGGUUCGUUCAUUUGGCAAUUCUUUGUAGAAGGAAUGAACGAUUUUCAUGAUGAUUUCGGUUUAAUUCCAUGGAAACGGAAGUCCACUUACGACCUUAUAACAGGACAAUCAUGCAGGUUGGCUUUGUUGCAUCAACGUUCAAACUUGCAAGGAAACCUUAAAAACUUGUGUCUACGCAGCCGGUGAUAUCCGGGUCAUUCAUGAUAUACGAACGUGAAAAUCGUGCUAAAAGUAUGUUCUAGUUUAAUAAUAUGUUAAGCUACGCAGAUGAAGAUCAUUAGACGGACAACGAUGGAUCGUGCCACCAUACCCGCAUUUAGGAUCAGAGACUACAAUUGGAUUCACAUUAUGUACUCGUGUCGUCGUUAGUGUGAUUAAUCUCUUGACCGAUGUUGUUCAUGGCCGAUUCGCAAAAGUUUGAUGGUUAGUUUAUAAGUAUAGGAAUAUAGGGCAAUAUGGAGGCAUGAAAUCACCAUAUAUAUUGUGAAUAGUUAAGAAUCUCCUAUUGCCUAGUAAGUUUUGAAAUGGAUUAUAAUUUUGUUUGUUGUUUUUGAGACAAUAUUACAGUACAAUUUAUCUCAGAUUUCAAUCAAAA